AUGGCUUUCGAAUUCCUCGCCCCGAUCCUGACCCCGACGGCGCUGGCCACGGUGCAGCGCGACCCGUCGCUGCUCGGUAUCUUGUUGGCCGUGUUGUUCGGCCUGGGUCUGCUCGUCGGCUUGUCCGUCUUCAUCCACUACCGCACCGAGAAGGACAACGGGACCUGGAAGGGCUGGGGCAUCCCGUUCUGGCCCAAGAAGAAGGCCAAGAAGCAGGGCUUUAGGAAGCUUGGCGGGAAGUAG